AGAAAGUUGCAGUGAUAGUGGUGAACUUGGUGAACACGAAGAGAAGCGAUGCCAGUUUUUUUGUUUGCGUAUUUUUCUAAAAAAUAGUGGGUAGAACGGGUAAAAUUAGUCAAUAAUAAGAACUUUCUCUCAACAGUGUAUUACCGGAUCUCUCAGAAAUUGUCAAUAUUUUGCACCAUGCAGUCCUGUGUGAAAAUUUUUCGUCGCUGGAAUCACUUUAAAACCCUUAAAAAGUUUGAAAAUGUCCAGGUAGCACAGGGGAAUCCACAAAGUUUAGUGCAGCAGAUAAGCCCGGCUGUCGGUGGUAAGGUUUUUGUUGCUUGGCAUCCAGAACCAGAGUUCCCGUACGAGUUUUCCAAACCGAUCGAAAUACCUCGUCCCGAAUCCAGCUCUUCAAUGGUUCGAGAUGAACUUAUCGUCCAAGGCGCUUGCAGCUUGAAGCUAAAGAAUCCCGAGUUUGUUCGCCAGGAACUGUCCCGUGUUACGUUCACUACUAAACAUCGUUGGUUCGAUCGUGCACGAGAUAAGAAAGCCAAGAAAACAUCAAUGGAUCGGGAAUAUUUGUAGGGAGUUUUCGAUUGUUUGUAAAUUUAGAUUCGAAUAAAAAUUAUAAAACUUGUAGAA